AUGACACGCGAAAUCCAACCGUACCUAGCCACAAUCCCCAAAACAGUCAUCGAUACGGCUAAAGCACUCAAGACCUACCCUAAGCUCGAGAAAGCUCUAGAAGAACAUGCUACCUCUUUCGGUGGAGAUAGGAGCGAAGCAGCGAGGACUGAGCUGGAGAAAAGGUUGAGACCGAUAUUGACGGAUGCAGGGGUGGGAAAGAAGGGUGUAUUGGAGAUUGCUGAUGCUUGUUUGGCUGUUCGAGUUACUCCUCUGUCUUCUACUGCUGAUGCAGUGGAAGGGAAGUCAUAUAACGAAAUGCGAUCUUCGGCUUCAUCUUCACGCAAGACCGACACCACAUCUUCCGCUGCUGCUUCGACCUCGGCAACAUCCAACGGCAAUGCGGACAGUACACCCAAGAAACCAAAGAAAACCGAUCGUCCAACCAAACCCUCCACCAAAAACUCAACCACCACCACCACCUCCUCCUCCUCCGCCGACGACCUCUCCUUGGCAGUUUCCUCCAACCUCCACAUGGACAACGCAGACCCCAAAGUCCGUCUCAUCUCUGCUUUAUCUCAAGAAUCGCGUUUCCACUUGGACUGUACCGACACAGGAUCGCUCGAAAUCGAUCUAAAAUCCGUCACCCUAACCCUCGCUGGUCGCGAUCUCCUCUCUGAUGCGCAUUUACGACUUAAAGCUUCCACGCACUAUGGUCUCGUUGGACGGAACGGAACUGGAAAAUCGACUCUACUCACUGCGAUUGGGGAAAAGCUCAUCCCCGGGUUGCCACGGACGUUGAAGAUCUUAUAUGUGAGCCAAUUGACGAAUGCGAGAGCGGCAGAAGACGAUCUGCAUGCGUCGGUGUUAAGUGUUGUGAUUCGAUCUGAUGCCGAGAGGAGUAGAGCUGUAGACGAGACCAAGUUGCUUAGUCGGGCGUUGGAUGAUGGAGAAGAGGAAAAGAUUCGAGAUGCGGUCUUGGGAUUGAAGUUGGAAAGAGCGAGGGAGAGGUUAAGAGAGGCGAGAAAGUUAGCGGUGAAAUGGUCUGGUGCUAGAGGAUUAGGGGCGAGGAAAGAUCUACUUGUUACGGAGAAGGAAUUCGAAUUAGCUCAAUACCAAGCUUCACACCCACCUUCUAUCUCAGAUGGAGGGGAAGGGUGGUCUUGUCAAGCAGGCAAGCUUUUACUUGAAUCGCAAGCACUGCUGGACGAAGUUGAUGCGGUAUCAACCGAAGCAAGAGCUCAGAAGAUACUUCAUGGUUUAGGAUUCUCUAAUGAGAGGAUCAAAGCGCCGUACUCUUCGCUCUCGGGAGGCUGGAGAAGUAGAGCUUCCCUAGCAUCUGCUUUACUCCAACCGGCACAUAUUCUGCUUUUGGAUGAACCGGUGAACUACCUCGAUCUACCAGCCGUCCUUUUUGUUCAGCGAUUCGUCUCUUCCAUCCCGCAUACUGUUGUAACUGUCUCCCACGAUCGAGAAUUUCUCGACUCCGUCUCAUCCUCUCUCAUCAUCCUCCGUAACGAAAAACUGACGUACUUCGACGGAAACCUUACCACUUACGAACGCGAAUCUCGUCAAACUCGCCUUCACAAGCUACGACAACAAGAAGUGCUGGCGAAAAAGAAAGCUGCGGUUCAGAAAUCCAUCGCCGACGCAGCCAAAUCCGCCAAGAAAUCGGGAGACGAUAAUAAAAUGCGGAUGGCGAAAUCAAGACAGAAGAAACUCGACGAGAGGUGGGGUCUGGAGGUGAACAGUAAAGGGCAUAGGUUUAAGUUGAAUAGAGAUUUAGCUGGGUAUCAUUUAACGAGUAGAGGAGGGGUGGAGGUGGAGGAGGGGGAAGAGAGGGUUAGCUUUAGUUUUGCUGAUCCGGAAGAGUUGAGGUUUCCGGGGAAUUUGGUUCAUUUAGACGAGGUGCGGGUGAGGUAUGAAGGGCAGAGGGAGGAUGUGAUCAGGGGAGCGCGGUUAACGAUUGGACCGGGUGAAAGGGUGGGGAUUGUUGGGCCUAAUGGACAUGGCAAAACUACGCUGAUGAAUGCUAUUGUUGGUAAACUUACCCCGACCAAGGGUACGGUAGAACGACAUCCAAGAGCAAGUAUUGGCAUCUACAUGCAGCACACGCUUGAACUUCUCUCCACCCAGCAGACGACCGCAUUAUCACACUUCAUGGAGAAGUUCCCAGACGCAGGUGACUCCAACGCACGCUCUUUCCUCGGGCAGCUCGGCCUCAAGGGUCGAACAGCAGACACAAUCCCCCUUACCGGUCUGAGCGGUGGGCAACUAGUAAGAUUAGGAUUGGCAGAAGUCAUGUGGACCAGUCCUGAUCUGGUGAUUCUGGACGAGGUAACGACGCACUUGGAUAGCGAUACGAUCGAUGCGCUGAUCGACGCAUUACAGCAUUAUGCAGGCGCAGUGCUGCUCGUCAGUCACGACAGGUAUGCGGUUAAGAGGAUUAUUGAGCUUGCUCCCGACCCUGCAGCUGAUGAUGAUGAAGUGGCGGAGGAAGAGGUAGAGGAGGAUGGGGAGAUGGAUGUGAGAAAGGCAGCAAAGGAGUCGGGAAGGGUGUAUUUGCUGCAGGAUGGAACGCUGGACAAGCUGGAGGGUGGUAUGGAUCAGUAUACCCACUCGGUGAUGAAGCGUCUUGAUGCUGUUUAA